AUGGAUCAGCUCUCGUUGGUGGCAGACCAUUGCGCAGCUUUUGGCCACGCCUUCGCCUUCCAAGACGCCGAAGUCUUGGGCCAAGGGAGCGAUCAAACGGUCAGGGAGACACUCGAAGCCUGGCACACCACAACUACCUCAAUCAACCGAUGCGUAACUCUGCCGGCUGCCUACCAAGCCCUACGGUUGAAGUUCAAUAGGCAGGGCUACCGACGAGUCGUCAGGCCAGAGACGGCAGUAAUCGAACCCGGACCAAGCGGGAACGAGGACGGGCAUAGACAGGCACCGGGAACGGACGAAACCGGGGGACAACCGGCGGCGAACGCAAACCCAGGAGACCGCCUUCUGGGUCCGAACGCAGACAGACGCCAGCACUCGAUGAGAACGCCCGACAGUGACAAAACCCCCCAGCCCGACGUCAACCCUGGCAUGACAACCACCGUCAACACGGCUACGGGCAGGUGUGAACGGGACAGCGAGACGAGAUCCCCCGACAGCGACAGGACCACCCAGGCCGACGUCAACAGUGGCAUGACAACCACCGUCCACGCGGAUACGGGCAGGUGCGAACGGGGCAGGAAGGAGAGAUGCGUCGAGGGCGGACAACGGACAAUACAAACAAGAGCAAUGGCCGCGGUCACCCCGGCGCCGCCCCCCUCCCCACACCCGACAAAGGAUGAGGAGGAACCGAUGCCGCCAUGA